CAUUCCUCUGUGUGGGUGGUGCGGCUGCAGGUAUUGGUGCGGUCCCCCAUUCCUCUGUGUGGGUGGUGCGGCUGCAGGUAUUGGUGCGGUCCCCCAUUCCUCUGUGUGGGUGGUGCGGCUGCAGGUAUUGGUGCGGUCCCCCAUUCCUCUGUGUGGGUGGUGCGGCUGCAGGUAUUGGUGCGGUCCCCCAUUCCUCUGUGUGGGUGGUGCGGCUGCAGGUAUUGGUGCGGUCCCCCAUUCCUCUGUGUGGGUGGUGUGGCUGCAGGUAUUGGUGUGGUCCCCCAUUCCUCUGUGUGGGUGGUGCGGCUGCAGGUAUUGGUGUGGUCCCCCAUUCCUCUGUGUGGGUGGUGCGGCUGCAGGUAUUGGUGCGGGUCCCCCAUUCCUCUGUGUGGGUGGUGCGGCUGCAGGUAUUGGUGCGGUCCCCCAUUCCUCUGUGUGGGUGGUGCGGCUGCAGGUAUUGGUGCGGGUCCCCCA